GUCAAAGAAGAGAAACUUUGGUUCGGCUUCUGUGAUUGUAGGAAGAAGUGAAUCUGAUGAAACGCUGCUUCGUCUCGAUCUGUAAAAUAUAGCAGCGAAGAAACAAGAUGAAUUCAGAAAAAAUCUCUUGUUCCAUCUGUCUGGAUCUAAUGAAGGUUCCGGUGACUAUUCCCUGUGGACACAACUACUGUAUGAACUGUAUUAAAACCCACUGGGAUGAAGAGGAUCAGAAGGGAAUCUACAGCUGUCCUCAGUGCAGGAAAAUGUUCAUACCGAGGCCUGUCCUGGAGAAAAACAUCAUGUUAGCAGAGUUAGUGGAGGAGCUGAAGAAGACUGGACUCCAAGCUGCUCCAGCUGAUCACUGCUAUGCUGGACCUGAAGAUGUGGCCUGUGAUGUCUGUACUGGGAGGAAGCUGAAAGCCAUCAAGUCCUGUCUGGACUGUCGAGCCUCUUACUGUAACAAACACCUCCAAUGUCAUGAAUCUCCAGCAUUUGAAAAACACAAGUUAGUCAAUCCCUUCAGGAGCCUGAAACAGAGCAUCUGUUCUCGUCAUGAUGAGGUGAUGAAGAUUUUCUGUCGUACUGAUCAGCAGAGUAUCUGUUAUCUCUGCUUAAUGGAUGAACAUAAAGGUCAUGAAGCAGUUCCAGCUGCAGCAGAAAAAGCUGAGAAGCAGAAGGAGCUGGAGGUGAGUCGACAACAAAUCCAGCAGAGAAUCCAGGACGGAGAGAAAGAUGUGAAGCUGCUUCAACAGGAGGUGGAGGCCAUCAAUGGCUCCGCUGAUAAAGCAGUGGAGGACAGUGAGAAGAUCUUCACUGAGCUGAUCCGUCUCAUCCAGAAAAGAAGCUCUGAUGUGAAGCAGAAGAUCAGAUCCCAGCAGGAAACUGAAGUGAGUCGAGUCAAAGAGCUUCAGGAGAAGCUGGAGCAGGAGAUCACUGAGCUGAAGAGGAAAGACGGCGAGCUGGAGCAGCUCUCACACACAGAGGAUCACAACCAGUUUCUACACAACUACCCCUCACUGUCAGCACUCAGUGAGUCUACACACUCAUCCAGCAUCAAUAUUCGUCCUCUCAGAUACUUUGAGGAUGUGACAGCAGCUGUGUCAGAGACCAGAGAUAAACUACAGGACAUCCUGACAGAGAAAUGGACAAACAUCUCACUGGCAGCCACUGAAGUGGAAGUUUUACUGCCUGAACCAGAACCAAAGAGCAGAGAUGGAUUCCUAAAAUAUUCAACAGAAAUCACACUGGAUCCAAACACAGCAAACACACAUCUGUUAUUAUCUGAGGGAAACAGAAAAGUAACAAAAAUGAAUCAACAACAGUUUUAUUCUAGUCAUCCAGACAGAUUCACUCACUGGCGUCAGGUCCUGAGCAGAGAGAGUCUGACUGGACGUUGUUACUGGGAGGUGGAGUGGAGAGGAAGAAGAGUUGAAGUAGCAGUCGCCUACAAGAACAUCAGCAGAUCAGGAACCUCAAAUGGAUGUGGUUUUGGACGGAACAACAAAUCUUGGUCGUUACGUUGUGAAACAGACAGUUACACAUUUUAUCACAACAAAGUCCAAACUCCAGUCUCAGGUCCUCCUUCCUCCAGAAUAGGAGUGUAUCUGGACCACAGAGCAGGUAUUCUGUCUUUCUACAGAGUCUCUGAAACCAUGACUCUCCUCCACACAGUCCAGACCACAUUCACUCAGCCGCUCUAUGCUGGACUCUGGUUAGGAUCAGAAACCACUGCUGAGUUCAUUAAAUAGAGAAACUACUGCAGCUUCAGGCAGGUUGUGUUUAGACAUGAUGGAUUUUCUUCCUCUUUUCUUUAAUUUUCUUCAAAGAGCCGUAACAUCUUAAAUAUUGUAAAGUUUAUGAAAUGCCUGAAACCCAAACUCAACAAACAAAAGCUAUCUGCAUAUUAACUUUUAACACCAAGAAACGCGUGGAGUUGAACGGUGAAGAAACAAAAACAGAAUUUAGUUAAACUUUCAAAAGUGUUUUCUAAAAACUCUUUUAAUGAACUUCAUGUCAAACCCAAAAGUUUAAAACAAAGAGUUAAAAUAAAGAACUGGCCUCACUGCUCCAGUAACUUUGGGGUGGACUGAAUGUUAAGAUAAAAUACAUCUUCCUUCAUUAAACUGAUGUAAUUCUUUGACAUUUUAAUCACUUAAUAGAACUUUACAUGUUCAGUUAUAAAAAUUUGAUCAAUCUAGUUUUUCUCUUUUUGUUAUGGAUUCAUUGAUAAUUUUUGGCUAAAUGAAAUGCUGCAGUGAUGAGUUUGUCAAAUCAUCAGAGUUUGAACUGUUUUCUUUUCUUUCAGACAUUUUUAAACCUGCUCAAGUAUAAAGAUUUGUUGGCUUUUCAUAUUUGAUCUGAAUUUUUUUUCUCUGUGGCAUUUUCUAUUAAAUUCUAUCUAAUGAUCGUGAUGGAAAUAAUUUCUACAUUUUACUAGUUGAAAUAAAAAUAAAAAAUUUGAAAAAUAAGCUUUUUUUCUGCAGCUGCUGUAAAGGACACAUCUGCUGGAUUGGGAUUAAAAUGUGUUUUAAAAAGGAGCAAACUUAAAGCUGUUAGAAUAAUGCAGCAGCAAAUAUUCACACAUGUGGAUGGGUGAACAAAUCCUUUAAUAAACAAAGAUCCAUCGGAGCUGCUGCUCCAGGAUUCUUCCUUCUCCUCCAGGACCUCAGCACACCUCUGCAGGUAAAGACAGAGUGAUUACCGGUGUUUGUCCACCACCACGUAUGAUUGAAAUAUGUUUACAUUUUUUUGUAGUAAAUCAUGAAAGUGUCUUAAUAUACAGCUAAAUAUCUAGUUUUGAAACUUUAUUUGAAUGAUAGAAUACUAACAUGAGCUGUUAUUACUGUCUGUCAGCUGUAGUACCAUCAGAUGAACACUAGAUGGCAGCAAAAUACAAUGUAGCACAUAAUGAGGUUUCAACACCUGCAAUGCACAUGACAUCCCUUAAAUUUGAUUUUUUUCUUUCUUUUUCUUUUUCUUUUUCUUUUUUUUUUUUUUUUUUUGGAGAGACUGAAACAGGCUGAUUAUUCUAAGUCUUAUACAGUUUGAAACCAGUGAGUUAGAUACAUCUUUUAAAAUCUCAAUGAACAACGUUAGUCAAAUAAAAGUAAAAGAUGAGACCUGGACAGUUUCCUUUACUUAAACUUCUGACUUGGAUAACUGAAAAUGUACGAGAGCAUAAAUAAUGGGCAACAAUAAGGCAUAUUAUUAAUAUGAACUAAAGAGGCUUAUUUGCUAAACAAUUUAUGUCAACUCAAAAUAGUUAAAGGGACAUUGUGUAAUAUUUUCUGUUGUUUACUGGACAAAAUCAAUGUCUUUGUGUAUAUAUGUGUUAUUAUUGGUGUAUUAUGACCUCUGCUAAUGAUCUGACACAUUCUCGUAAGUGAAGAAUUCUAGAUUUAUUCAUGAGGGGUUUAGACCUUACUACUGUAAUGGAAAAUUAUACACAUAACCUUUAUACUUGUGUGACAUUUAGAUGAGACAUGUAAUCUUGCACUUUGUAUUGAAACCAUGGCCUUAUACUUGUACUGAGUAACACGACAUGUACCCUGCAGAUAUUUGGCAGUGAGCUUCUCUUUCUUAUCACAUUACUGUUAUUUUAGCAUUUUUAUCUGUGUUCUUCAGAAACUCUGUAACUCAUCGAGGAGAAGAGAGAAGAAGUGUUAAAAAAACAGUUUGAGCAGGUUCUGAAGACAGUGUACUGAGGACUUGCACCUGCGACCUUGAUGCUUUCACGUCAUGCGAGUCUAUAUUAACCCAGCUCAUGUGUAUCUCUGCAGACCCGUUCAGCCGAAGCUGUUUGACUGUGUGACUCUC